UAUCCCAGAACCCAAGAGUGUCGGUUCUCCAGCUCCUCACCAUCCCCCCACCCCACCCCCCUCUGCUCCCACGGAGCCAAGGGUAAGGGUAGUGGGGGCGGGGAGGAGGUGCCAGAUCUCAGACGGGCGGCGACGACAAGCAGCGAAAGCCUGUCUGCUUGCCUGCCAGCCAAGCUAGCCAGCCUCCUUCCCUGCCUGCCUCCUUCUCCCGGUCGCUCUUCCAGCCCCGGGGCUGUUGUCUGGGCUUUAGCCGAAGGACACGGUUGCUGCUGGGGAGCAUUCCUUGCUUCAACCCCAGCCCGGCCCGGCCCAGCCGGGUGCGGGCGGGCUGGGAGGGGGGAAGGGGAGGGGGAGCCUCUAAGCCCCAGCUGAGCCCAGGCCACCCCCUCUCUUUUCCCUCCUUCACUCCAUCCCCCUCUCCUCUCCCCCGAGGGCCAGGAGGCCGGACCGGGCAGGGGCAUGAGGCAGGUGGCCACUAGGUCAGGUACGGGGUGGUAGCCACGGUGCAGCUAUGGCCAGGGCCAGCCCGGGUCGUAGCCCCCCUGCCGGGGACCCCGAGCGCCAGCAGCGCUGGGGCCUCCUUUUCGAUGAGCUGGACAGCAACAAGGAUGGCCGAGUGGACAUUCACGAGCUGCGCCUGGGGCUGGCCCGGCUGGGCGCGAGAACCCCGGACAGCGACGGCCAGGACAUUCUACAGGAGGGAGACAUAGACCAAGAUGGGGGCCUGACCCUUGAGGAAUUCACCCGCUACCUGCAGGAGCAUGAGAGACGGCUGCUGCUCAUGUUCCACAGCCUGGACAGGAACCAGGAUGGCCAUAUAGAUGCCUCAGAAAUCCAACAGAGCUUCCAAGCCCUGGGCAUUUCCAUCUCUUUGCAGCAGGCUGAAAAGAUUCUGCACAGCAUGGACCGCGAUGGGACAAUGACCAUUGACUGGCAAGAAUGGCGAGACCACUUCCUGCUCCAGCCCCUGGAGAACAUGGAAGAUGUACUGAAGUUCUGGAAGCACUCAACGGUCCUGGACAUAGGUGAAUGUCUGACAGUGCCAGACGAGUUCUCAGAACAGGAGAAGCUAACAGGCAUGUGGUGGAAACAGCUGGUGGCAGGAGCGGUGGCAGGGGCUGUGUCACGGACAGGCACGGCCCCACUUGACCGGCUAAAGGUUUUCAUGCAGGUUCAUGCCUCCAAGACCAACCAGCUGAACGUCCUAGGCGGGCUGCGGAGCAUGGUCAAAGAGGGUGGCAUCCGCUCUCUGUGGCGUGGGAAUGGCAUCAAUGUGCUCAAGAUUGCCCCUGAAUCUGCCAUCAAAUUCAUGGCAUAUGAACAGAUCAAGUGGGCGAUUCGGGGGCAGCAGGAGACGUUGCGGGUGCAGGAACGCUUUGUGGCAGGGUCCCUGGCUGGGGCCACAGCCCAAACCAUCAUCUAUCCCAUGGAGGUGCUGAAGACACGGCUGACGCUCCGUCGGACUGGCCAGUACAAAGGACUGCUGGACUGUGCCCGGCAGAUCCUAGAGCAGGAAGGGCCUAGAGCCUUCUACAAGGGCUACCUGCCCAACGUCUUGGGCAUUAUCCCAUACGCAGGAAUCGACCUGGCUGUCUAUGAGACCCUGAAGAACAGGUGGCUCCAGCAGGACAGCCACCACUCGGCUGACCCCGGGAUCCUCAUCCUCUUGGCCUGCGGCACCAUUUCCAGUACCUGUGGCCAGAUCGCCAGCUACCCCUUGGCCCUGGUCCGAACUCGAAUGCAAGCUCAGGCUUCCAUCGAGGGUGCCCCACAGCUCACCAUGCUGGGCCUCUUCCGACAUAUCCUCUCCAGAGAGGGUGUGUGGGGCCUGUACCGAGGCAUUGCCCCCAACUUCAUGAAGGUGAUUCCAGCUGUCAGCAUCUCCUAUGUCGUCUAUGAAAACAUGAAACAGGCCCUGGGGGUUACUACCAGAUUUCUUGGCUGCUCCUGGAGUCUACAACCAGCUGAUCUACCCCACCUGGUCACUGACACUGGAUCGCCAGAGGAACUUGUCCCAGGAUCUGCUCUGCAUGGCAUUGACACUGGAUUCCCAACCUCUGGUAGAGGUGGGGAUGGUGGUGGCACUUCACCUCUACUUACCCACUGCACUGACAUGGGAAUGAUCUGGUCUCCUCCCCAACCCCCUCCCCAUCCUCCUGCACUGCAGCACCGCUGGGUCCCCAAGAGCAGUGCAAAUUCCCUGGAUCCUCCCCCUAUACCCCCAGCUCCACCCAUGGUAGUAACACUGUCUGACCCUCCCUCACUACAGACAGAUCAGCCAAUCCCAGCUAGAAGGAGGGGACCCCAUGGCCCCAGGCAGAGACCCUUCAGAAAUCCAGAGUUGAGAAUAAGCCUUCUACUGGUUUCUCUCACAUGCCCUUUUCUUUCCCCCCUUUAACAUUCUUCAGCCUUAGGUAGGGCAUGAGUUUGAAUAUGGCUGAAAAGGGACCCAGGACAGGGCUAGGACCUCCUACUGAGCCAUACUUAGGUCCAGGCCCCUCCCGACAGCAUCCUCCAAACACAGACAUUCCAAUUGUUCAGUGAGAGAGAUAGAGAGAGAGAGAGAGAGAGAGAGAGAGAGAGAGAGAGAGAGAGAGAGAGAGAGAGAGAGAGAGAAAGAGAGAGGAAGGAGAGAGAAGAGUGAGAGAGAGAAGAGAGGAAAGUAAGAGAGAGAAAGAAUCAGAGAGAGAGAGAGUGUCAGAGAGAGAGAGAGAGAAGAGAGAGUGAGUCAGAGAGUCUUAAAACCACCCAACCCAGGUCUAUUUUUCUAUUGGGGUAACAGCUCUUCUCCCAACACAUACACAUACACACACACACACACACACACACACACACACACACACACAUUCCACACCCUUCCCCAUCCUCCAGGGAAUCUCUAGAUACUGCAUUUUAUAGCUGGAUUCUGAGGCUGGGAGGGGAGGUAAGGUCUGAAAAUCAAGGUAUUACAAGGUCUCCUCCCUCUGAAAGCAGAGAAUCUAAUACCUGUGCAGAGGCAGUAUCCAGAGGUCCCCCUUCCUCUACUCAUGCUCCCUCACCCCCGAGUCUAUCUGCCUGUGUGUGCACCAUUUCAAAGGGAAACAAACCAAUACAUUUUUUCUAAGUCCCCA